GCUAAUUGGUUGUGUGGUGUGAACCAAACGUGUCACUUCUAAGAUGUUCAAUAUGCCGACAGCUUCAUCUCCGAUUAUGUCUUCGGAAUCACCGCCUGGAGCCGAGGAAGAAUUCGAGCCAUAUGUGAGAAGAAAACGAUCGGAAGCAGGAGGCCGGAAGAAAAUGCAAGGCUUGAAUGAGCAAGAACAAAAUCUGUUGAGAAACUCAAUUAACAGUCGAGAACGUCGUCGAAUGCACGAGUUGAACGAUGAAUUCGAGACUCUACGUGAAUGUCUUCCUUAUCCGAAUGAAGCGAACAGUCGACGAAUGAGCAAAGCGAAUACAUUGUUACUAGCUUCCAAUUGGAUUAAGCAACUUGCAAAUGCAAAUCACAAGCUUCAAAUGGAAUUAAACAUGGCAAAUGCAAAGAUCGACUCCCUCAUGGUGCAACUUAAAAAAGUGGAAAAACCAUCUUCAAAAUGCUCAAAGUGUCAACAAAACGUGUGCUUCUCAGUAGACUGCAUCACAUCAACAUGAAGAUGCAUUCAUUGGUUUGCCUUUCACCAAAUUAUUCUAUUGUUACCAAUCUAUAAUCUUCUAAUAAUUCCCUCGUUCCAUCUGCCUAUUGUAGCAUUCAUAUUAGUUGAUUAACAGAACACAUCACGAAAUUUAAGUUUCUAUUUUUUAUUAAAUUAAGAAAUUUGAAUAAAAUCUGUUUUGGGUA